AUGACUCUUCAGCCAUGGCCUAUACCUUCAGAACCAUGGCAACGCCUUCAUAUAGAUUAUGCUCGACCAAUUGAAGGGCAAUAUUUUCUGGUCAUAGUUGACGCACUUUCUAAGUGGCCUGAAAUUAUAGCAACAAAAACAAUAACUACUCAACAAACAAUUCAAAUCCUUCGAGAAGUCUUUGCUCGUUUCGGUUUGCCGGAAAUUGUCGUAUCUGACAACGGAACGCAAUUUAAGAGUUCUCAAUUUGAAGAGUUUAUGCAACAAAAUGGUAUUAAGCAUAUUUGUUCCAGCCCAUACUAUCCAAUGUCAAAUGGUCAAGCCGAUACUUUUAAAAGGAUGCUUGCAAAAUCAACAGAAGAGGGCACCGUAUGCGAAAAUUUAAACACGUUUUUACAAAAUUAUCGUUCGACAACAAACCCAAAUACACCUGACAAAAAGUCACCAGCCGAAGUUUUAUUAGGCAGGAAAAUGAGUAUUACCUUAGAUCUUUUAAAGCCGACUAAGAACAAUAACAGAAAUGUAUCAGUACCUCACAAUAAAAUUGCUGAACAGUUUAACAAUAAACAUGGUGCGAAAGAAACGAAUUUUGAUGAGCAGGAUGCUGUUUAUGCAAGAAUAUACAAAGGUAAUAACAAUUUUUGUUGGAGUCCCGACUAA